AGAUAUGAUUGGGUCUUAUAUUACACUAUCCGUAUAGGUUGUUGGUUAUCAACUACUUGUGUUAUGUUCGUAUGAAUAACACAAAAUAACUUUAUUACAACAAAAUGGCAGAAACACAUCUACCCCUACUCAGGGGAGAGGGUUCGGGUCGGCUGAGAGAUCGGAUCCCCGCUUUUUCUCGGAGGUCCGACGCCAUUGCCUAUGGUUCUCCUUAUCAGAAAGCUGCUGCUCUUGUUGAUCUCGCGGAAGAUGGUAUUGGAUUACCGGAGGAGAUUCUUGAUGAUGAAGCAAGCUUUGCAGAGGCAGCCAAAUUCUACUUCGUUUUUAUUCAAUUUGAUCUCAUAUGGUCCCUUAAUUAUUUUGCGUUGUUAUUACUCAACUUCUUGGAGAAACCAUUAUGGUGCAGCCAGAAUUUGGCGAUUUCUUGCGAUGACAGGGAUUACUACUUUCUGGGAGAGCUGCCUUAUCUGAGUGGGGUUGGGUCUCUUGUAUAUGAGGGAGUUACUCUUCUUAUUCUCGUGGCACAUAUGUUCUUCCCAAUUUUAUAUGAAGGGUUUAAGAUAUACUGGAAAAGUCAUCUUAAUAAACUAAAGAUCAUUUUCCUUCUAAUUCUGGUUGCUGAUGUCAUUGUUUAUGUGCUUUAUCUAUCUCCGUUGGCAUUCUAUUCUCUUCCAUUCAGAAUAGCGCCUUAUGUCCGGGUUGUUUUUCUCAUUCUGAACGUCAGGGAUCUACGAGAGACCUUAGUUGUCCUUGCUGGAAUGAUGGUUACAUAUAUUAAUGUUUUGCUUCUAGGACUUCUAUUUUUGCUGUUCUCGAGUUGGUUAGCAUAUGUCAUAUUUGAGGAUACAGUACAAGGAACGACAUUGUUUACCUCAUACACUUCAACAAUAUAUCAUAUGUUUAUCUUAUUUACCACAUCCAACAAUCCUGAUGUCUGGAUUCCUGCAUACAAAGCAUCACGUUGGUAUUCCCUUUUUUUCAUUCUGUAUGUGCUCUUGGGUGUAUACUUUGUCACCAACUUGAUUCUUGCCGUUGUGUACGAUAGCUUCAAGGGUCAGCUAGUUAAACAGGUUGUUGCAAAGGAUCGUAUAAGGACAGGGAUUUUAAGAAAGGCAUUCGAUCUUAUAGAUAGUGAUAAAUCCAAUUAUUUGAAGAAAGAAGAAUGUGUUAACUUGUUUAAAGAACUAGGUAGCUAUAGGACAUUACCAGAUAUCUCAGAAGAAGAUUUUGGGUUGAUAUUUGAUGAGUUGGAUGAUAGCCAUGACUUCAGGAUUAAUUUUCUGGAAUUCACUGAUAUUUGUAAUGCCAUAGCACUUAGGUUCCAAAAGGAGGAUUCCCUGCCCUGGUUAGAGAAAUUCCCAUUCUAUAGGGCAACCUUAUCUGAGAAGUUAAAAUCCUUUGUCCGUGACCCCAAAUUCGAAUACGUGGUAAUCUUCAUUUUGUUGCUGAAUCUUGUUGCUGUUGUUAUUGAAACAACUCUUGACAUACAAGACAGCACUGGGCAGAAUUUCUGGCAACAGCUUGAGUUUGUCUUUGGGUGGUUGUAUUUCCUGGAAAUGGCAUUAAAAGUGUACUCAUAUGGGUUCGAAAACUAUUGGAAGGAUGGCCAGAACCGUUUUGACUUCAUUGUAACUGUGGUCAUUGUUGUGGUUGAAACCACAACUUUUGUGUCUCCCAAAGGAUUGCCAUUUCUCUCAAAUGGGGAAUGGAUUCGCUAUCUUCUUAUUGUAAGAAUGUUGAGACUGAUAAGGCUCUUGACUUUUGUCCGUCGUUACCGAGCUUUUGUUGCCACAUUCCUCACUCUUAUACCAAGUUUAAUGCCUUACUUGGGUACUAUAUUCUGCGUGCUAUGCAUGUAUUGCUCAUUGGGGGUGCAAAUCUUUGGUGGGUUGGUAAAUAGUGGAAACCCUCAUUUGUCAGAGACGGACCUUGCAGAUAAUGACUAUCUACUUUUCAAUUUUAACGACUACCCAAGUGGAAUGGUGACGCUGUUUAAUUUGUUAGUAAUGGGAAAUUGGCAAGCAUGGAUGCAGAGCUACAGAGAGUUGACAUCAGCUUGGUCUUACAUAUACUUUGUCAGCUUUUAUCUGGUAACUAUUCUACUGCUUCUGAAUUUGGUAGUGGCAUUUGUCUUGGAGGCUUUCUUUGCCGAAAUGGAGAUUGAAGAUGCAGAGAAAUGUCGUGACAAGGACGACGAAGGUGAAGGAAAGGAGACAAGGCGACGUUCUGCUGGAACUAAAACGCGAAGUCAGAGAGUUGAAAUGCUGCUUCAUCAUAUGUUGAGCUCGGAGUUGGAUCAGCAUGCACAAUGUGCCGAUAAUGCUUAAAUUCUGCUUCACCUCAUGUUAGAAGAAUAAUGCGUAUGUUAUGUUUGUUACUUAUAUUAGUCUUUCAUUUUAAUCGGAUUGUAUGUACUGUUAUUACUAGUUUUAGCCUGUUAUUGCUAGUUUUUCUGCGUGAACACAACGUAUCCACUAAUUCCGUACUUAAUUUAUUAAACGAUGUAUGAUAUGUUAUAACAAUUGUUUGUUUGUCA